AUGGCCGUCUCUGAGCUCACUUGCAUCUACUCUGCUCUCAUCCUUCACAACGAUGAGGUUACAGUCACGGAGGAUAACAUUAAUGCCCUCAUUAAAGCAGCAGGUGUAAAUGUUGAAUUCAUUCUGGCCGAAUUAUUUUCAAAGGCCCUGAACAAUGUAAACAUUGCAAGUCUCAUUCUGGCCAAUGUAGGAAUGGGGACCUGCCCCAGCAGCUGGGGUGCUGCCCUGCUGGAAGUGUUGCUCCUGCUAGCACAGCUGCCAGCUGAGGAGAAGGAAGAGGAAGCAAAAAAAGGAGAGUCUGAUGGAGUCUGCUUGAUGACAUCGAGCUUUGUGUCUGUUUGA